AUGACCCUGUUAUGGGUUACACUGCUCCUGCUUCAUCAGGGAUAUACACUGACUCCAGUGACCACAGUUCAACUUGGUGAACCUGCGACCUUCACAUGUGUUUUGCCUGGUAAUGAGCUGAACCGUAGAGAUCACCACUGGUACAAGCAGAGUGCCGGGGAUAAUCUGAAAUUAAUUGUGACACUGCGGAAAAAUACAAACCCUGUGUACAGACAAGAGUUUCCUGCCUCAAGAUUGGAAGUAAAAGUUUAUGAGAAUAUUAGCAAUCUGACCAUUUUCAGGACAAUUCAAGAAGAUGAGGGAAUGUAUCACUGUGCAGUAAUGGAUUGGUCUAAGAUUACUUGGAGUGCCACCUAUUUGUCAUUAAAAGGCAACACUCACCGGACAUCAAAUUAUACUGUCAUUCAGGGGAUGACAGUAUCUGAUCCAGACCAUCCAGGACACUCAAUAACUCUACAGUGUUCAGUCCUCUCUGAAUCUGAAAAUAAAAUGUGUCCAGGAGAUCACAGUGUGUACUGGUUCAAAGCCGGAUCAGAUCAUUCUCAUCCAGACAUCAUCUACACCGAUGGAAAUGGACAUAAUGAAUGUGACAAGAGGUCUGACUCUCAGAGAAGCUGUGUUUAUCGCUUCUCUAAGAACAUCAGCUCCUCUGAUGAUGGGACUUUCUACUGUGCUGUGGCCACAUGUGGGAAGAUAUUAUUGGGAGCUGGAACAAAAUUACAAAUCGAGCGGACAGAAAAUUCUGAAUUUAUUGCACUGGUGAUAGCAAUAGUCUGCUUGGUAAUUUCUAUGAUUGGAAAUAUUGUUUUCAUCUUUUACCGAACUCCAAAAACAGUAUGUGAACAGUUUAAAGGAAUAGAAAGCGACUCUUCAUCAGCAAGACAUGACAACUCGAGCCAACCAGUACAUGAUAAUUCUGAAGGUGAAGAUAAUUUGAACUAUGCUGCGUUGCAUUUCACUGGAAAGAAAGACACAAGAGGAAGGAAGCAGAAAGAGUUGAAGACUGAGGAAAGUCUGUACUCUCAAGUUAGAUGCUGACAACCAGCGUGUCCAUGCAAACCUGUAGGUUGGUUUAUAGGACUGACUUCUGAGAGUCUGAAUAAAUUUAAUAAGUUCUAAACUUGAGUGAGCAUACAUAUAUAAGUGCAAGGGCAUAAAGUUUAGCAGGUAUUGUAGGGACAUGUCCCUUCCAAUAUCCAGCAACUAUUUAACUCUCUCUAGCAAUAGUUGUUUGUCUCCAAAAAUGAAAAAAUAAUCACUGUCAGUGUCUAGUAAUUGUAUUUGCAACACAUAAAAAUAAAAUUACAGAGUAUUGUGUUUGAA